AUGUUCAAAAUGCAGGAGGAAAGAGCAACUCUUCGUAAGCAGGAAGAACGUGACAAUGAGACUGUUAACAGAGCGUUUGCUAUCAUCUACAAUAUUCUGCUCCAGCAUUGCGACCAUUAUCGUGGACGUUUGGCAAUGGAGUCAUUCACCAGAAUUCACCUCUACAGCAUGGAAAUUCUGGAGAUGUUGAGGAACAAUGGCACAAUGAAGCAAAUUGUUUUGCUGUUACAGUCUGAGAUUGAUAUUGAAGAGCAGCAAGCAGUACCAGAAGCAAUUGGAGUCGGAGCCGCAGGAUUUCUCCAGAGAUGA